GUGGAGACUGGAGACGGGCUCAAUGUUGAUCUGCGGCACAUCUCAACGUCAGACUGUCAGACAAAACGUGCAGAGAGAGUCUGUGAGAUUUUAGUGAUGGGCGGAGACGUGACAGAGACGUUACACACAGACUCUGAACAGCCAGAGAAGAUCCGUGCGGUUCCCAUCCACCGGCGUCCCGACCUGCUGGUCCCCUGCGCUGACCUGGUCAACUCCGAGUGGCAGAGGAGCCAAGCCGCCCGCGUUCACUCCCUGCAGAAGUCCUGCUCAGAGUUCCCCGUCUGCCUGGUUCUCCUGCAGGGCCACAGGGAGACGGAGCGGCUGCUGGGCCACGCCAGGCUGUCCCAGGUCGUAGGUCACAGCGGCAGUCUGUUUGUGGAGUCGGUGGUUGUGUCCAAGGCGGAGCGGGGGAAGGGCUACGGCCGGACUCUGAUGGAGGAGACUGAGCGCUACGCCAAAAGCCGAGGGUUCAAGCGCUUGUGCCUGACCACCCACGACAAGCAGCACUUCUACGCCCACAUCGGCUACGUGCUUUCGACGCCGGUGCAGAACGCAGGCUCCAUGACGUCGUUUGUUCCCAUGGAGAUGCUGCUGAGGUUCUCCAGAAUGCCGAGCGAAGAGGCCCCGAAACCACCACAGCCAACACGAACAGAGACGGAUGCUCAAGUACAUAAAGAGAGCAGAGACUCAAGAGGGGCUUGUGUUGUAGGGUCACCUCCACCUUCUAGUUUACCUCCUCUUCCACCACCACCACCACCACCACCUCCUCCUCCCUCCAUCCCUUCUGCCCCUCCUCUUCCUCCUCCUUUAUCUGUCCCUCCAUCACCUCCUUCUUCCAUCCCUCCUCCUCCUCCUCAGUCUGUAGGGCAGCCGGUGGUUCAGACUCUCACUGAGACUCCCUACAGAGACGCUAAGGGUGUAGCCAUCUUUUGGAUGCACAAAGACAUCUGAAGAACACACACU